UGGUGUAUAAUUUACUGUUUUCCUCUAUUUUUAAACCGUUCUUUCCACAGCCUUCUUCUCCCAUUGCGAACUUUCUAGAAAAAGAGUGUGUGGUUCUUCGUGUUCUUCAGAUUUCAUCUGUAGAUUGUUCUCGCAGGAAUUUGAGAUACGGAAAGUUGUUGCUUAUAAUCACAGAUUUUGAAGCGAAGCUGUGAUAAAUAAGCCGUUGGAGUUGUAGAUUUUUUUGCUGUAUAGGGUUUGAAUAUACAUAAAUCGAUCGCGUGUUCAUCUAAUAUGAGCGGCGACGGCAGCGCUGGGAGCGGCGGAGGAGAGUCGCAGAGGUCGGUUCCGACGCCGUUUCUGACGAAAACGUAUCAGCUGGUUGAUGAUCCGAGUUUCAACGAUUUGAUCUCGUGGAAUGAAGAUGGAACAACCUUCAUCGUGUGGCGGCCAGCUGAAUUUGCGAGGGAUUUGUUGCCUAAAUAUUUCAAACACAAUAAUUUCUCCAGUUUUGUUCGUCAGCUCAACACCUACGGAUUCCGAAAAAUCGUUCCCGAUCGGUGGGAGUUCGCGAACGAUUGCUUCAGAAGAGGCGAAAAGGCGCUGCUCAGAGACAUCCAACGCCGUAAAAUUUCGGUUGCGAACACCGCCUCCACCGCGGCUGCGACUACUACGGCGCUGCCUGCGGCGGUAGCGAUUCAGAUCUCCCCUGCGACCUCCGGCGACGAGCAGGUCCUCUCAUCCAACUCUUCCCCGGCGGCAGCGACUCCGCCGCGGCGGCAAUGCACAUCGACGCCGGAAAUGAUGGAGGAGAACGAGAGAUUGAGGAGAGAGAAUUCGCAGCUGAGGCAGGAGCUGAGCCGACUGAGGGGAAUGUGCAGCAGCAUUUACAAUCUGAUGUCGGGCUACGAACCUAAUCCGGGCGAGGCGCUGGCGCUGGAGCUUAUGCCGGAGGCGCGGGCGUGCUGCAGCGCGGAGGAGGAGGAGGAGGACGACGAGGUGUUGGAGGAGAUGUGCCCGAGGCUGUUCGGGGUGUCGAUCGGGGUGAAGCGGUACAAGAGAAGCGGAGAUCGGACGGCGGCGCGUGGGGAGGACGUGAAAUCGGAGCCGUCGGAUGGGGGAGCAGCGAGGAGCGCGAUCCCAGGGGUAGAAUUGUCAAUUACUGUUGAUAGUGGCUAUACGUGUUAGCUCGAAAACAUUGUACUGAUAUAAUGGCCAUGGUUUUGAUGUUGACCGUUUCGGUGAUGAGUUGGCCCGGCCCGGAUCGACACGGCCCGAUUGGAUGGCUACGUGUUUGGUCAUAGAGCUUGAUGAUGUAAUAUAGGGCUUUAAUUAUGUGCAAUAAAUACAUCCCAAAUAUCUAUGUGAUAUAUUAAUCAUGAUUAGGGGGCUGA